AUGGCCGCCACCGCGCGCGCCUUGGUGGGCCGCGCCAGGACGACGGCCCUCUCCCUCUGGCAGCGGGGCUCCAGCGUCGCCCAGGAGCAGUACGCCAAGACGAUGAAGGAGAACGCCAAGUACGUGGUGAAGGACCCCGAGGUGGAGAAGGUCUUGCUGAAGCAGUGGUUCUUCACGAAACUGUCCAAAAUUCCGGCAACAGCUGCACAGGUGGAACAGGAAGCAGCUGCCAUCAGGGAGGCCUGGGGGAAGCGAAAUGAGUUGACUGUGCGCGAGGUUGGUGUCGCCGGCAUGUUUCUGGCAGAGCUUAUAGGGUGGUUCUGUAUAGGAGAGAUUGUCGGACGAGGGUUUACUAUUGUGGGGUAUCAAGUGUAG